CAAAAGUCUUCAUUGAUAAAUUUCUUUCUCCUCCUACUUUCUCUCUCUUCUCCUGAAUCUUUUCUCUCUCAUUAAAAAAAAACCUAAAAAAUGUCUCUGAAUGAUCUCAUUAACCUUGAUCUUUCAGAAACAUCUGAGAAGAUCAUUGCUGAAUACAUAUGGAUCGGAGGAUCUGGGUUGGAUAUGAGAAGCAAAGCAAGGACGUUGCCAGGGCCAGUGAGUGAUCCAGCAAAAUUGCCAAAAUGGAAUUACGACGGAUCAAGCACCAAUCAAGCCCCUGGUGAUGACAGUGAAGUCAUCAUAUAUCCCCAGGCUAUAUUCAAGGAUCCAUUCAGAAGAGGUAACAAUAUCCUGGUCAUGUGUGAUGCAUAUACUCCAGCAGGAGAGCCAAUUCCAACAAACAAGAGGUACAAUGCUGAGAAAAUCUUUAGCCACCCGGACGUCGCUGUUGAGGAGCCAUGGUAUGGGAUUGAGCAAGAAUACACGCUCCUUCAGAAGGAUAUCAACUGGCCUCUUGGAUGGCCCGUUGGUGGCUUCCCUGGUCCUCAGGGGCCGUACUAUUGCGGUGUAGGGGCUGAUAAAUCGUUUGGGCGUGACAUUGUGGAUGCUCACUACAAGGCCUGUGUCUAUGCUGGUAUUGAUAUCAGUGGAAUUAAUGGUGAAGUCAUGCCAGGACAGUGGGAAUUCCAAGUUGGUCCUACUGUUGGAAUUUCUUCUGGUGAUCAAGUUUGGGUUGCUAGAUACAUUCUCGAGCGAAUUGCUGAGAUUGCUGGAGUAGUUGUUUCUUUCGACCCCAAGCCAGUCAAGGGUGACUGGAAUGGUGCUGGUGCUCACACCAACUACAGCACAAAGUCGAUGAGGAAUGAUGGUGGGAUCGAAGUUAUUAAGAAAGCCAUCGAGAAGUUGAGCCUCCGUCACAAGGAGCACAUUGCUGCCUACGGAGAGGGUAACGAGAGGAGACUCACUGGUCGUCAUGAGACUGCCGACAUCACCACUUUCUCCUGGGGUGUUGCAAAUAGGGGUGCUUCUGUCCGUGUUGGACGCGACACAGAGAAAGAAGGCAAAGGUUACUUUGAAGACCGAAGGCCAGCAUCAAACAUGGAUCCUUACGUGGUUACCUCCAUGAUUGCUGAAACAACUAUCCUUGGGAAGCCUUGAUUUGCAAGAUUUUGACAAAUUAAUUUGGACAAUAUAUAUUAGCAUUUACUAGUAUGGAUUAUGUGAAUUUGGAUUAUCGAUCUUUGGUAUUUUGUUUGUGAUUUUAGACUACAUAUGUAAUGCAUUGUGAAUCUAGUACUGCAUUGCUUGCCUCUCGUGUGUGGGCAUUUAUCGACCUACAGCCAAUUUUUUUACAUUAAAGUUGGAUUUGGCUGGUUUAAUUUAGACCUAUCUGCAUCUUUGAUCGAAA